AUGAAGGACAUGAACAAUCUUACUGAACCCGAAACUACUCCAUUGGAUGCGUUACCCAGUCAUCGCCCUGGUCGCCGCCCUGGUCGCCCUGGAUAUUAUUCCAAAUUCCAAUGCAACCUUGGAGACGCCCAGCAUGCUCAGCCAGAAUUCGAAGUUCAGCCAGAUUCUGGGAAAACGAUCAACAUCGUCCAUGCUCGGUGA